GUUAUAUUACAGAAAAUGUUAUUGAGUUAUGGUCUUUGCAGGCUUCCUUAAAAACGCUGAGGUAUUUAUUAAUCAGUUCUUUUACCUGUUGGAAGCUAUCACAAAAGCAGCGACUCCGAAGUUUGAUAACUGGAAACACAAAUCUGACCUUUAAAUCCCUUUCCUGCCACAACACCCAAACCUGUGAAUUCUCUUUCUUUUCAGGACCGUUACACCAUCAAUGAUUUCUCCUACCUCUCCAAUAAGAUAUCUGUGGCUCACAUUCGACCAGUCAAUGCUCGUCACCCAGGCUAUUGAAUGGUAUUUGUUAUAAUAAGCUCCAUUUAGACUAUCUGCAUCCUGAAUGACAGUUGACUGCAUAAGUAGCUGGUUUUGUGGUUUUAUGUUUGGAAUCCCUUCAUUCUUCCCACGCUUUUGCUUCUUCGUCUCAUUUAUCUAGCAUUAUUGUCUCACAUGUCUCAUACUGCACACUUUCCAAUCUAACCUUACUAGUUCUAGUUUGUCACAGCCGAAAGCAAAGGGAGAAAUAAUUGAAUUCUUUCCAGCCAAUUCUGACAUAAAAAUUAGCGUACUACAUCUUCUUUGGAGAGACUAAACUUAAGAGGCCGACUCUUUGGUUAAUUUUAGUGUCACUGUAUGAGACUUCUUUGCCUAAAUCCUGUAACAUGUCAUUGUCAAAAACUAGACACUUUUGCAGCAAGCUCUGUUCCCUUCAUGUUUGAUGUAGCAGAAACCUCUCCCUUUUGUGCUAAUUAGCACACUGGUUUCAGAGCAAAAGUCCCAUUCACAUGGGCUCCUUUUGGUUGUAACCCAGGUUCAUGGUGCACCAUUAUCUUUUAGAUUCCAAUCACUUUAUCUGCCUCUUAGUUGGAUCCAUUAUUGCCUUCCUUUACCACCACCAUCUUUAGUUUGAGGUCCCUCGUCAGCUCAGGGAAGAUAUCAGAUAUAAAGCAUGCAUUAUGAAGGUGAGCUAUUGAGUUGUUAUAUUUGUUAUUUGAUAUUUUUCCGACGAAACCUUACUAAUUUUCUACUUCACUUUUCUAUUCCAUGAAUUUAUACCUAUAUUCUAACAUAGGAAUGAAGUCAGUGGAUCAUGAGAAGUGCGGAGUCUACAUGAACAGCUUUCUUCCUUACGUGUGUAACAUGGCACUGCUCUGCUCUGCUCUGCUCUUUUGUGCACGUAACAGGCAUCCCCAACCAUUACAAGCUGUGGCUUGCAAGAGACGGGGCGAGAUGCUUUACGUCUCAAGCCACGAUCUACGGAUCGGACGGUCACGAUGGGGAGGAGAAGAAUCCAAAAGCCCUAAAACUGGUGCCGUUCAGGAGAUGGACGUCUGAGAUCGGCCCAUCAGGACUCCUAGAUGCGUGUUUCCACACCAUGGGCUGCCAUAAAUAGCGAGCGAAGGUCGCCUCCUUCCUCAGCAAGCAAAAGGCGCGACAUGAUAUAUACACGAAAAAUUAGCGAGGAAGGCAUCCACCACCGCCUUCAACUCCGUCUCCAUCCUUCGCCGUCACCGCCUCCUCUUCUUCCUUCCAUCUCCCACUCGAUCGAUCACAAGUUUCAAGUCAUGCUGAGUUUUCACUACCCUUUAAUCCAAUGAAGAUCUACUGUUUCACAAGCUGGUUCGAGAAGGUCUUCACCAAAGAUCUCAUUUUGGUGGAGCAUCCACACUGUGAGACCUGCACCUGAUGUUGGAUUCCGUUCGUACUCGAUGGAUGGCAUGGAUGUGGCCCGAGAACGGGAACUUGCAUGUUAUAAGGCCAACCGUGUGUGAGACUUGGUUGGUCUGUGAUCCGGGGUACUCGGUCGCGGCCCUGUGGGUAAUGCCACGAGUUCUGAGAUGAUCUGAAGCUUAUCUCAUUCCCUGUCGUAAUUAACAGAUUGUGUUCGGUAGAGAUCGAAGAGAGCCGCCAAAGACGUCGAUGCGAUGACGAAUACUGCCAUGGAGGAGGAUCCCCACAGUAAUGUCAGCAGCAGCAGGGACAGGUACGCUGAGUUCAUGAAGGACUCCUGCUGCGCCCGCUACUUCCUCGGGCCGAACCCCUCCAUUGCGAGGUUCGUCUACGCUCUCAUCUUCCUCGUCACCUGCCUCCUCGCGUGGACCGUUCGAGACUAUGGCCGCAAUGCCCUCUCCGAGCUCGAGAGACUCAAAGGUUGUCAUGGUGCUCGAUAUUGUUUAGGCGCGGAAGGUGUACUCCGCGUAAGCUUUGGCUGCUUCUUAUUCUUCUUUGUCAUGUUUCUGUCCACCAUGGGGACGAAGAAACUAGAAGACUCUCGGAAUUUGUGGCACUCCGAAUGGUGGCCUGCCAAGAUCAUCAUUUGGAUUGUCUUCAUGGUGGUACCAUUCUUCAUACCCUCUGCAUUUAUCCAGCUCUAUGGGAAAUUUGCACACUUUGGUGCAGGCGCAUUUCUUAUGAUUCAGCUUAUCAGCGUAAUCAGUUUUAUAACUUGGCUAAACGACUGCUGCCAAUCUGAGAAAUAUGCAAAGAGAUGCCAGUACCAAGUGAUGGUUCUCUCAGCCACAGCAUAUGUUUCAUCCAUCUCAGGAAUUAUUUUGAUGUAUAUCUGGUAUGUGCCCAGUUUAUCCUGCAGCCUCAAUAUCCUCUUUAUCACCUUGACCCUGGUGCUUCUACAACUCAUGAUCCUCACAUCAAUGCAUGCGAAGGUUAAAGUAGGAUUUCUGGCACCAGGGCUGAUGGGAAUGUAUGUUGUGUAUCUUUGCUGGAGUGCAAUCAGGAGUGAGCCACAGACAGAGAUCUGCAAUAAGAAAACAGAAGUUGUGACAAGUGCAGAUUGGCUUACUAUUGUGAGCUUUGUUAUUGCUGUCCUUGCAAUAGUAAUUGCAACAUUUUCAACAGGGAUAGACUCCAAAUGCUUUCAGUUCAAGAAAACUGAAGCAGAGUCAGAAGAUGAUGUUCCCUAUGGGUAUGGCUUCUUUCAUUUUGUCUUUGCUAUGGGAGCAAUGUACUUUGCCAUGCUAUUUGUGGGAUGGAAUGCACAAAACACCAUGCAAAAGUGGACAAUAGAUGUUGGAUGGGCCAGCACUUGGGUCAGAAUUGUCAAUGAAUGGGUAGCAACACUUGUCUACAUAUGGAUGCUGGUUGCACCCCUUGUGUGGAAGAGCAGAAGGCAAGCAGAUCCAGUAUAGGACAUGAGGAUUGUUCUUGAUUUCUUGUGUAGAGAGUACAUAGGCAACUGCUGCUUCUUGUGUAGAGAGUUGAUAGAAUCAUCAUCAGCUCCAGAUCUCUAUAUGUCUAGCAACUGCAUUCUAGCUGGUACAAGUUAGAUUGUCUCAAGCAUCACCCACAACACAGUGGUAUUGAGUUCACAGCAUCAGUUGUGAUGGAUCCCAAAGCAUUCUUUGGAGACUUUAUGAGUUGGCUGCAGGUUUCAGGCUGUGGGUGUGGAUGCAAUGGCAUACACAUCCUCUGGAGUUGCUCAAGAGCCAGAAAGGAUUGUAUAUAUCGCAUAUCAAUUCUUUAAGAAUACUAGAAUCUCAAAUUCAUAUAAGCAGGGAAAUGUAAUAGGGUUGUGAUGUCCAAAUGGAUGUCUGAGUCUAGUAUAGCUGCUAUUUGGUGCCAUCUCAGAAAUGCAUAUUUCUGCAUCUUCCUGGUAGGAAAGCAGAAUUCUGAUCCAAACAUGUUGAGCAAAAUGUAACAGAUUCUUUUUCUUUCCA